CCUAACGAAGUAGUAAUCCUACAAUGAUAUGAUGUAUUAAAUUCGGGCUUAAUAGUAUAUAAUAUCAUACAAUACAUUCAACAUGGAAAACAAUUGUAUUAUGUUUUGCUUUGUUCAAAAAUAAUUCAAUUAUAUACGUUGUAAUUCUUUUUAUAUAAAAAUGUAAUUGUUUUUGAAAUUUGGUGGAGAAUUUAUAAAAUAAAAGGAAUAAAACAAAGCAUAUAAAAUAUAUGAUUCUAUCCAUGUGGAGAAUGUUAAUUUGCAAAAGAAAAAAAAAAUAUAUAGAAAAAUAUAUAUCUCGGUACUACUAUAUAUACAUACAUAUAUGUGUGCUUAUGAAAACCUCAUUUGCAUGCUCCCAUUCUCACAUUCACACAAAAGAUAUCUCAACAUUAUCACUCUACUUCAUACCCAAACUAAAAACAGCCAAUAACACUUUCUACUAUUUGUCAAUUUCCUCAUUCAAAGAUAUCAUUCACAUCUCCUAAAUUUCGAUAAAUAAACAAAGCCCUAAUAUUCACUUGCUAUCUGUCUCUCAGCUCGGUUAUACAUAUAUAAAAUUAAAAAGGUUCAAAAUGUGGAUGAUGGGUUACAACGAAGGAGGUGCAGAUUCUUUCAACGGAGGAAGAAAGCUUCGUCCUCUCAUCCCUCGCCUCUCUUCUUGCCCCACCGCCACCGGAAACACCAACUCCGACCACCGCUUUAAUAUGGCAGUGGUGACAACAAUGACGGCGGAGCAGAACAAGAGGGAGUUGAUGAUGCUAAACUCAGAGCCUCAACAUCCACCAGCAAUGGUGAGCUCACGGUGGAAUCCGACACCGGAUCAGUUAAAGGCUCUUGAAGAGCUUUACCAACAAGGAACAAGAACUCCUUCGGCCGACCAUAUCCAACAAAUCACCGCGCAGCUACGACGGUACGGGAAGAUAGAAGGCAAAAAUGUUUUCUAUUGGUUCCAAAACCACAAAGCUCGCGAACGCCAGAAGCGUCGACGACAAAUGGAAAAUGGCCACGAUGAAUCAGUCGUUACGACAACGAGUCUUGUCUCAAACCAAGGAUUCGACAAGAAAGAUUCAAAAGGUUACAAGGUUGAACAUACCAAGAACUGGAUAUGUUCGGUCGGAUGCGACACACAACAAGAGAAACCUCAUGACCAUCAUCAUCAGGAGGAGCCUGUCUCAAUAGCGAUGGUAGCAACGAAACGCAAUGGUCGUCAUGGAGGAGACGAGAUACAAAGCUUUCCUGUGAGAAAUGCCAGGUGGCAUAUGAUGCAGCUACCACCUGGACUCUACCCUUCUUCACAACAACAGCAUAAUAAUCACCAACUCAAUCUCAAUUCCACUACAGUUUCUUUAAACUUGUCCACUAGCAACAGUAACGUUCCCGCUGCUAAAGAUACAGUCACAUUUUCACCUUCAUUUCUGAGGACAAGAGGAGCAAGGAACACAGAGGCUUGUGAUGAUAAUAAAGAUCAAGAACAACAUGAAGAUUGCUCAAACGGUGAAUUGGAACAUCAAGAACAGACACUAGAGCUGUUUCCAUUGAGAAAAGAGGGGUUUUGUAGCAAUGGUGGCGAUGAUGGGAAAGAGAAGGAGAGUGGCAUUCAAUGUUUCUACGAGUUUCUUCCAUUGAAGAACUAGUACUACAUGAUAUUUUUCAAGAGAAACAUGUUUUUGUGUUAUCAUAUUACUAGAUUAAUUAACUAAUCAAGUUAUAGCGAGCUAGGGAUUUGUUUGGGAGUGAGGGCAGGCGUGUCUUUAUGGUGUUGAUGUUAAUCAUAA